AUGUUAGUAUGGAUCAGAUGGGGGGUGCACGGUUCGCCAAUGUGUACACUAGGUGACUUCGAUGACCAGGUGCAGUACUUGCUGGUUAGCGAGAUGCUGGAUCCCGUAGAAAUCCAACAAAUAGACCUAAUGAUUGUUAAAUUUCAAGAAAAGCUACGGACUCGAUGGGAUGGUGCUAAUUUACUUUUGUACGGUUCACUUAUGAUUGGGAUCGGACUUAAGACCAGUGAUGUGGACCUCUAUCUGCGAAUACCUAACUACAACAAUACAGCAGACGCCUACGUUAUCUACGAAACCGCCAAACUAUUGCACACAGAACCUAGCAAAUACAGUAACAUCCAGCUGAAAUAUAACGCGGUAGGGCCGAUGAUAACGUUUUACGAUCAUUCGACUAAACGGUUCAUCGAUGUCAGUUGCAACGGUAGAGUUAGGAUGGAGAAGUUGAGACUGAUUGGCUAUUACCUAAGGUUGGAUAAACGACACAUACAGUUAACUACUAUCGUCAAACUCUGGGCCAAAGUUAACAAAUUGACAGGUGGCACUCUCUAUAGUUACUCUGUGUAUUUACUCGUGGUCUUCUAUUUACAACAGAAGAAAAUGGCGCCUUCAGUUUACGAAAUGCAAGCCAGUAUGCCACCAGGUUUGCUUCGAAAAUAUAACACCGAUUAUGAGAAACUGCCAUUCACGGUGGUCAAUAACGAAACCCUUUAUGAUUUACUGGGAGGGUUUUUUAAAUAUUACGCAGAUUUUAACUACGAAGAGUACUGCGUCUCACCACAUGUCGGACGUCCAGUAGCUAAGAUUGAUUUCGAUAGUGAGAAGACUGCUCCCAAAGAGUUUUUAUUGUAUGAGGAAUAUAUGGAAACAGUGGCAAUCCAACCGAUGAUGCUGCGAAAAAAAUAUGAUGAGAUCCCUAAAGAGAAGUUUCUCAGGUCCAUAUUUAAGGUAGAUGGUGACAAAGAUAUAUCAAAAGAAGGUGAAAAUGUUGAAGUUUACGAAACUCUGAAAUUAAUAGAUUGUUUUGACAAUGUGUAA